GGACUUAUAAAUUUGUUCGCUCAAAUAAUCUUUCUGUGAAUAUUUUAUGGGGAUUUUUAAACUGCGUAAAUAUAUGAAUUGAUAAGAGUUAAAACAUCUCAAAGCGACUACUCACCUCCAAGUCUUACAUUUCCAACCCUCUAAUUCAAAAUGUUUGAGAGUCUUUCUUAGCUUGUUUGCUCUGAGGAUUUUUGAUUGCAAUUGCUUAAGACCUAUAGUUAAUUAAUCAAUGCAUCAUUUGAAAAUGUUUCUCGAUUUAUACCAUUAUGUAAAUAUUACUUACUGAAUACAUUGUUUUAUGAUUUUAGAACUUGACUUUUGAUUAUACAUUUUGCUAGUCGACAUGGAAUAAAUAGUAUAAAAAAUUAUUAAACUGCUAGGUACAGAAUAUCGUCAAAUUGCAUACUAAUCUUUCAAGUACAAAUUAUUGUUUCCAAGUAACUGUUAUGGUUUUCAGUCAGUGAAAUAAAACAGAAUGCCUGAAAUUUCUAAGUAAUUAUUAAUUUUCCUUGGUUGAAAUGGAUUUUUAAGUCUGAGUCUUAAAAGAAUUACUUUUCAAUCGUGUUUCUGCUACCUAUCGGUUAGCGUUAAAAACAACUAUCUGUUCAACAUCUGUAAAUUUGAUUAAAGAAUUCAUCACAUAAGCAUAUCGGAUUUAUCUGUGGAUACGAAUGAUAUUUCUUAAGUUGCGUACAUCUUGCAAACAUCAUCCAAUUUCUCAUAUUUAUGUGCUAUUAGUAGUUCGUGUGGAAUAAGCCGCCAUCUUGUCAAUGUAUUAUUACAAAUUAAUUGACCCAACAACAUAGGCGAUAUCGAUAAAAAUGUUUAAUCGAGGAUUUCUAGUAUGUCCUGACAUUAGGUAACACUUAAGCCACAACUAACUAGUAGUCUUUCGUACACAUGUGAUAGUAAUAAUAUGAAAUAAUUGAUCACCGAACACUAAGGCUACAUUGGUAUCUAGCUUCAGUUCAUUUUUGUAUCAGUUGGACAUAAAAUUUAUUGAUUUUGUAAAGUUGUUUACUACGGACAUCACUCACUGAUCGAUAAAUUGUCAUUCAAUUCAUAUAAAAAUUGUUGUUUGUGUGUUUGUUUUUCAAAAUGAAGUUCUAAUUAUUAGACUGAUUACCAUGUUAUCUAAUUCUCACUAAUGGCAAAAAGAUUAAAUUUAUUGUCACUACUUGACUGUACCUACUAAUCAUCAGUACACAAAAUAUAAAUAUUUUCGAAUAAACUAUGCAAAAACUAUUGUUCUACAUUUAAAAGGUUUUCUCCAUUAUAUUUAGUAUGUUUGUUGUGCUGACACCAUCAUAAGUCGAAUACAGAUUUACAUUAUUCACAUAUGUAAUUGAAUGAGCAUUUCCUAAUUUUUUUAGUGACGGUAAACAAGUAUCUAUCUGUGUGCUCGCAUGCGCUUGGUGAGAAAUGCUAAGAAAAAUUAUAAUAACAACAAUUAUUAUUUUUUAAGUUGAUUCCAAAUCAAAGAGAACGGAAUUUUGAGUCUUGAGUGCUAUCAAUCGAUAAGUUCUUCAUUAUAAUAAAAGUGAUGGCUGAACAAUCGUUGGUACAUAGUUUUAUAUCAGAAUGGGGGUUUGUGAAGAUUGUAGUAAUCUUAAUAGUUAAAUUCAUAAGUCGAUCUAAGCUAGACUAUCAUUGAAAACCUGGAAGCACUGGAUGACUGUUUCAUCCUGGUAUGGGACUCCUCGGCAGUGUGCACCCAUGAUCCGCCACGCGGGACUAGAACCCUAGUGGCUAGCUUGAAGAUGGGUUUCAUGGAGUUCUAGUGAGAAGUUGUGACCAGUGCAGUCCAAUACGUGUCGGGUGGAAACAGGUAUCCACUUCAGACAAUGAAUAAAAGGUUGUACGACAUCAUGAAUUGAUUGAAGUUAGACAUUAACAUCGUUGAAUGCCAGCUCAGUGGUCUAGAGGUUAAGUGUUCACGCGCGAAACCGAAGGUCCUGCGUUUCAGAUAGAUUUUUCUUUAUUAAGGGUUAUAAUAUUAAAAAUUAUCACUAGUUAGUUUUCCACUGGUUCACGGGUUAGUGGUACAGAAUAUAAGUAAAUUGACCUGCUAUCUCUUUAAUGGAAUUUCUAAGUUCGCAUAAUUAGCACAUUUGUUUUCUGAAUUGCUUUUCCACCGUUAUGAGCUGACAGUUUCGGCCGUCACUAGCUAUCCUUUUGAACCAAAUCUACUACUGCUACUAACUUUGAUAGCGUUCAUAAUAAUCAAGGCUCCAUAUCUCUAGUAAUUAUCACAAUAUAGAUGAAAAUCUAUUUUAACAACUUCAUUUGUGUUUUAUGUGUUUCCCAUUAGAGUUCUUUUGUUUUGUUUUUUUAUCUUAUAACCGUUAAUGCUUUGUCGUAUUGUUUCGUUUGUUUUGAUUUCUUCCUUUUUAAUUUUAAUUUUUAGUUGAAAAAACUAUCUGAAACUAUCAGAUUUGUUUUACUGAUGUAACAUUUUACAUUACCGUUAUGAUUUACAAUAAAUUAUGUUUGAUUUUAUGUUUAGCAUUCAAAUGGAAAGAAUGUUUGUGAACCCCCAUCUUCACUAUAUAAAAGAAAUAUGAAUCGUCCACUAUGUGGAAUAGCUUUGUUUGGUCCGAGAAAUGAACUUUUUGGUGAAAUGAAAAACCGACUAAAAUUAAGAUCAAUUGGACAUUCAGAUACUAAAGAAUCGCCUUCAGAAAUGUUGACGAACAAUGCAGUUGAACAGCAGGAACCAUCUUCACAUGACAAUACUUCUUCUAGCAUGUCAGCGAACUCCAGUCCCAGAUCAUCAAUAUAUGAUGAUUUUGAACAAUCUGAUUCGAAAACAGUAUCAGAUAUUUUAUUGAAUCGUGCACGUAAACCUCCUACACGAAAACCGACCUUGAAUCGUUGCUCAGAUGUUCCUAAUAGACAAUCAUUUAAUACUUCUAGUACCUCAAUUAUAUUUCAUCCAAAUGAUAAUUCCCAAAUACUCGAUGGUUUAACGGAAUUUUUCAAUCCAAAAAGUUAAUUGCUGUACAGACGCAUCCUAUGGAUUAUGGUUAGAUAUGAGGAAGUGGGAGUUCGAAGUUAAUUUGUCUGCUAAUGCAAGCCACACGGAUAUACAAACUACCAUCGAAUAACUGGUAUAUUUUAUGAAAUUUUAUCAUUAAGACAUUUCGAACAAAAAUCUACAGAAAUACCUCUUGCCGAACAUUUGACUCCUCAAGCGAUGUACUUUCCAACUAAUGACAUGUAUAACUAGGUCCACUACGUCGGAAUUCCAACAGCUAUUGACGACGCAAAGUAAAAUGACCAAAUAUGUAAUAUAUUGGAUAAGCUUAUUUUAAGUGAAUCUCAGUGCCAAAGUAAAUCCGAAUAGAACGCAGAAAUACAAUCCAAGGAAGCGUGUAGAAUAUUCUCAAUCAAUCCUGAGGCACACAGAUAAAACUGAAGACAGAAUCAAUGAAAUUUACCAGCUCUGAAGUCCAGAACGUGUGUUUUGUCAAACUUGAGACUAGUUACCUAAAGACUGGAUGCUCGGACAACUAUUUGUGUUCAACCCUUCUCAUAAUGAGCUGUGAACCUCGAUGACACAUCUUAUUUUCUUGAAUCUAUCUAAUUAGUUAUGUAACAAGACAACACAGCGAUACCAGCUGCCUGACCACUUGAUUUAAACUUGUAAAGUAACACAAUAUAUUUCCUUUUGCAUCUAUUCCCAUAGAAUAAAUAAAAAUAUGCAACACCCCAGUAGUAUUAAAACAUUCUGUUUUGUCCUAUAUAUUAUUAGACUUAUAAUCUUUCCCCUUGUCUAUUUUUGUUUCGAUAUUUCACAUGGUACCAGAUUAAACUGUUGUAAACACUGACGUUGUGAUUAAAUUCAUUUGUA